UCGCUCGUCCCCAAUUGAUCACAGCGCUUCAUUCCAAGAUGGCUACGAGCUUCGGUGAAGGCGGUACUAGGCCCGACACGAAACGGCUAGAGUUCAAAAAACAAAACCUCGACGAUGCAUACGCUGCACCUGCGAACUUCCUUGAGAUCGACGUAGUAAACCCAGAAACGCACGGUGUUGGAAAGAAACGCUACACGGAUUACGAGCUCCGUAUGAGGACAAACCUACCAGUGUUUAAGCAAAAAGAAUCAAGUGUGCGCAGGAGAUAUAGUGACUUUGAAUGGCUAAGGAGUGAACUUGAAAGAGAUAGUAAGAUUGUUGUACCAGCUUUGCCUGGAAAAGCUCUAAAGCGAAUGUUACCUUUUAGAGGAGAUGAUGGAAUAUUUGAAGAUGAAUUUAUAGAAGACAGAAGGCAAGGUUUAGAAGCAUUCAUUAACAGGGUUGCAGGGCAUCCGCUAGCUCAAAAUGAGAAGUGUUUGCACAUGUUCCUACAAGAACCCAUGAUUGAUAAGAACUAUGUUCCAGGCAAAGUACGCAGCACAUGAUAGGCCAAUGACUUGGACAAUGUGCAAUGCAUGUGUAUUUAGAUCAAUCAGAAUUGCUAGAAUUUUUCUUUUAGUUUAUUGUCAACCCUUUCAUAUGGGCUGCAAGCAAUUACCCAGGAUUUGCUGAGAGGAGUACUCAGCCAUAGGUAUCAUUGAAAAGGGAUAAUAUUUGAUGAAUCUUUAAUAAGAAAUGACACACUAUUGCAGCUAAGGGGGUGCCUUGGUUGCGUCAAACAUAAGGGCCUGGUUGAGCUUAUUAUGCUUUAGUUAUGCUUUAGUCCUGGACCCAUCAUUGCUAUGCAGCCUAUAUGACAAAUGAUAUUUAGAGGCUAUGUAAAAUGCUCCUUACAUCACAUUGAUUUUCUGAUUCCUUUUAUUUUCUUAUAUUCCUUUUUUUUCUCAAAUGCACUGAGAAAAGGGGAGGUAUUACCAACACACAUGUCAUUAUAUGAGAAAUGGUAAGCUUGUAUGUCAUUUAAAAAGGAGAAAAUUUUCAUAUAGUACUAGUGCAUUGUAGGGCAGAGAUGUUUUCAUAUGUAUUGAAGGGAAAAAGUUUAAUGCAAAAAGCUUUGACUGUACAAUAGUAAUGGAUCUCACUAAGACUUUUUAAAUAUUGGAUUAGUUAAUUAUGGAUUCCAUUAUAAAAAAAAUGAAAAUGAUAUUAAUUAGGGCUGGAUAGAAACAGAAUGAAUCAAGGUGAAGGAAACAAGGAAAUCUUUGAGAAUGUGACUUUUUUGCACCCUUGUAAAUCUAACAUUUAUCCACAUCAUUGAUCUCUGAAUAUCGAGAUUAAGUGAUUUACUUGUAUAAGAGCUAGAUUCUAGACUUUUUGAUAACAAAUAAACUUUUACUAGAAAAGAA